AUGUUCGUCAUUGCAGCUGUGGCGGCGUUCAGGAGUCUUCAGAAACGCAUCUACGCGUUCGUCGUAGUUGUGGCUUGCGCAGAUAUUAGUCUCGCCAUCUUUGUUAUGCCUUUCCGUCUGUACGAAGAGUGGAACAGCGGCUGGCUGCUCGGAAAGUGGUUCUGUCUGAUCGUUAACAUGUUUGAUGGAAUAUUUUGUUCAGCUUCUAUGGGAAUACUGUGCUGUUUGGCAGUUGAAAGGUACCUGGCCGUGUGCAAGCCAUUCCUAUACACGAAACUGACUGCCAAAAUGACCGCCAUUGUGAUCAGUGCUUGCUUAAGCAUCAUCUUCGUCGCGUGGAGCGUAUUUCUCUUCAACGAAUUUCAUAUCAUUGGAAUAGAAGAUUUAGUCGCUUGUUUAUCGGACGGGGCUUGUCCCCUCGUCUUAAACCUUCAGUCCGCUUUGUUUUUCAGCAGCCUAACUUUCUGGGUGCCGUCUCUUGUCAUGUUGUACUGUUACUGGCAGAUAUUUGUGACAGCAAACCGUCAUAUGCGUGCCAUACACGACACCACUGUCUCAGACGCUGAAAAACGUACCUACGCAGCAUCCCGAAAAAGUGCAAAAGCAGCAAAAACUUUAGGAAUCGUCAUUGGCUGUUUCUUUCUGUUUUGGCUGCCAUAUUUCGUUGUAUUGAUUGGCGAUGCUCUCGAAGGGUUCCAGUGGUCAAUCCAGCUUAAAAUAUGUGUAAUGUGGUUAGGCUACCUCAACUCUAUGGUGAAUCCCUUCUUGUAUUACAUCUUUAGCGCAGAAUUUAAAGCAGCUUUUAAAUGCCUUUUAAACUGCAAAAGAAGGCUUUCAGAAAAUGGCACAGUGUUUUCAACUACAGGUGAACCUAAUUAA